AUGAGAGCCCGAUGCAUUCGAUUGAAUCCGGACCAUAACUGUAAUUUACUCAUAUUUUCAAUCGCCGAUCUCAUUCCUCAUUCCACAAACGGUUUAUCUCGAUCGUCUUCAUCAUCGUCUGAUUUGCUUUGUUCGUUCGCCGCUGCUCCGUCAACCGGUCGAUUUUUCUCGAUCGUCUUCAUCCCUACCAGGAGGCAAUUCCGGUCCGAUAAUCUGCCUGCGGUGGGAAGCAGCUUCUUUGAGUUUCUUUCUUUGAAGUCUCUUCCUCUGAGCUCUUGUCAAUCUAAUGGAUAUUCUUCAAAAGAAUUGCCAUGGCUUCCUGAUAUAGUUAAAGAUUUUGUUCUUCCUGCUGGCUUCCCUGGAUCUGUUUCAGAUGAUUACUUGGAAUACAUGCAUGUCAAUCUAAAUCAAGCCAGUACUUCUGAUUGGGCAGUUGGUUUAGACUAUUCUUCUGGAACCACAGCUGCAGCUUCUGCUGCUGCCAUCAGAUGGGUGUCAAAAGAUGGAAUUGGUGCCAUUGGACGUUUUUUCAUUGGUGGAAGAUUUGGAAAUCUUUUUGAUGAUGAUCCAAAACAAUGGCGCAUGUAUGCAGACUUCAUUGGAAGUGCUGGAAGCAUCUUUGAUCUCACUACACCUCUCUAUCCUGCAUAUUUCCUCCCACUAGCAUCUUUAGGGAAUCUUGCAAAGUAA